AUGGACUCUUUAAACAAUCAAACACUAAAUGUUUUAAAUGAUAACUAUCCAAAUCAUGUUUUAUAUACACAAUAUAAAAAUGCAGGCUCAAAUUCAACAUUUAUUGGACUUUCAUUAUUGUUGAAUGCUAUUGGGGUGCCUGGAAUUGCUUCAAAUUUACUUUUAAUUUUUGUAACAAUUCGAGACAAAAAUUUGAGAGGGCCAACAAAUUAUUUAUUGGCUUUAACUGCUCUUUUUGAAAUUCUCCACCAAUCAGGACAUUUUCUUUUCUUAGCGAUCUCAAUUAGUGGAAUUAAUUUAAUUGACUAUUCCACAGCUAUUAAAUUCCAAUUACAUUCAGUUUUUGGUUUGGCAGCAGCUCAGACUAUAAUGUGUUCAACAGCUGCUGACAGACUUUUAUCUGUUCUGUUCCCAAUUAAAUAUAAUCAACUAAAUAUUCGCCCUUAUUUAUUUGUCCACACAUUGUUAGCUUUCUCUAGUGGAAUUUGGAUGUCAAUAAAUGCUAUUAAUUUAUCCAACAAAUACCCAACACUUCCCGUUACUGGACGUGUCGGGGAUUUGUUAGUUUUAGAUAUGGAGAUAAUGCUUCAGUUUAUUAUGCUUCUUUGUGCAAUUAAUGUAAUAUUUUAUGUUCUCGUUUGGGUAGUUGUUCGUUGCUUUUAUCCAUCAAAUACCGAUAUCGGUGUUGAGUCAGACAGUCAAUCACGUCUUCUUAAAUCUCUCGUUCUUAUAAUUACAAUAGUUAUUGGGGGUUUUGUAAUUAAUAGUGUUUGUCGUUUAAUUGUUAAUCGGUUCUUUAAUUUAAAUGAUAUACAGAAUUGGUAUGUAAGUGUAUUAGGUGGACUUUUCUUAAAUAUUGGUGCAUCUGCCGAAACUCCAACACUUUAUAUUUUUAGUAGUGUUUAUCACAAAUCUAUCAACAAACAAAUAAAAUAUUUAUUUUGCAAAAAAUCUCAAAAUAAUGUUAUUUCUGUCGUCCCUUAUAUUCACAAUAAUAAUAGUAGCAAAGAGGGAAUGAUUGGAAAUAAAUUAUCAAACAAAAAUAUUUUAAAUAAACAAAUUAUUAUUAAAAAUUGUGUAAAUAAUUCUUUAACAAAAAAUAUAAAAUAUUAA